GGGCGUCGCCUCUCUCAACGACCAAAAAAAAAAAAAAAAAUGUCCGUCUGCCUUUGCCUCACGCUGUGCUGCAUUGCCAUUCUGCAGAUGGCCCGCCUGACCGCCGGUUUGGCGACCGGGGCUCCUCUGUCCGCCUGUAAGAAGAUGAAGCCUCGCCACCCGUGGCCGCCGCAGUCCGACAAGAGCAUAUACGACGUGGUAUUCGAAGCCAAACACUACAUACCCGGGAAGACCGUAAAUGUUACAAUAAUAGGAGGAAGAUACCGAGGAUUUAUGUUACAAGCUCGAAAGACUAACACUCGAAUAACAUUUGGAAGAUGGAAGGAUCCACCUAAAUUUUCCAAGCUUUUAAAGUGCUUUAAUAAAGAAGGAACUGCUGUUACUCACACGCAUGCCUCCAAUGCCGUUGUCAAUGGCACAUAUGAAUGGAUAGUACCUGAAACUCUUUGUAUUCCUUCUAUUACAUUUGAGGCAACGGUGGCACAGUUUCUCUCAGUCUACUGGCGGGCUUUGGAAUCACCUCCUUUACCCAGGGGGCCAUCGGUUAACUGCGUUCGUGGUUUCAGCAGUAGUGGGAAGCUGACAUAUAGAAUCAACAUCAUGAUUGUAACAUUAUGUUUUCACUUGGUGACCAGAUCCAAUUAUAUUGGUAUGUAAUGAAUGAUAGCAAACAACUAAUUAUCUGAGUAUGUAUAUAUUUCUAUUUAUUGCAUUAGUACAAUGUUCUCUUCUGGACCAUUAAUUUGGUAACUCUUUUGCUACAAUACGAUGAAUCAUUAAAUUACACAUAGGUUGAACAUGAUUUCACACUAAAAUGGUUCAGCAAAAGUUGUAGGUAUGGAAAAUCCCAUCAAUCGAAAUCCAACCUAGUUUCACUUUGUGAUUUUUUUCUUUGCUACUGUAGUUUAAGGAAAAUGAAAGCAUGUAUAACACCAUUUUAACAGGUGUUUCUAGCUUGAAAAUAAGCUACAAAUCUGUUUAACUGUGCAGAGCUCCAAAAUGUUGUCCUCCAUGAAGGGCAUUCUAUAAAUUCAAGUAGUUGUUGUUUUGAAUUCUAAGCUUUUGCAACAGUAUCUGCUUUCUCU